AUGGCGACAGGGGGUUCCUCAACACGCUCAUCACGGCUAUCAUGGCUUCCUUGGCUCUUACUCGCGAUAUCAGCGACGCUCGUCACAUACUCAGUCGACUCCUUUCUACGCUUGCCGCAGCAGCUCGCCAUCUCACAACAAUGUCGCAUGUCACGGAUGAGGCCGGCCUACAUCGACCACACAGCCAACCUUGAGUCCUUCUCACCAUCAGGGCUUUGGCGCAAGUAUCGCCUCUACCUAUAUCGCGAGCGCGACUUCGAGCCAAUGGACCUUCCCACUGGUAGUCCGGCUCUCUUCGUACCCGGAAAUGCAGGAUCCUACGGUCAAGUGCGCAGCGUCGCUUCGAGCGCCUCCAGACAAUUCUACGUAGAGAAUGGCUCAGGCGCACGGCGCCAAGAGUGGAAGGAUGCUCCACCUGGAGUUGCGCACACAGACUGGUAUACUAUAGACUUCAACGAGGACUUUUCGGCUUUCAGCGGUUCCACCUUGAUCGAACAGGCCACCUUCAUCAACGAGAUCAUCGCCUACCUUACUGAUCGAUACGCUUCACCGGCUACCCGUGGCUAUGCAGCAGGAGAGCGCAAUACAACUGUACCCAUUCUGGCUCACAGCAUGGGUGGUAUUGCUGCUCGACUCACACAACACUUGCCGAACCACCCUCGAGGCCGCGUCGAUACUAUCGUUACCCUCAGCACACCACAUGCUUACCCGCCAGUACCUUUCGAUAGGAGCCUCGAGUAUGUCUAUUCGCUCAUCAAUCAGCCCGUCCAGCCAUUCAACGGCACACAAAGUCAAGUACCGCCAUUACUCGUCUCCAUCGCAGGGGGUCUUCUAGACACACAGCUUCCUUCGGAUCCUUCAUCGCUUAGUCUUGCCCGCAUCGGCGAGUCAGUCGCACCUUCACGCAUAUCGACCUUCACAACCUCGCUCCCCUCCCUGUGGUCAUCAGUCGACCAUCUUGCAGUCAUGUGGUGCGAUCAACUUCGCGAAAAGAUCGCCCGAGGCUUCCUACUAGACAUGAUGGCCUUUGGAAGAGUCUAUAGCGAGCGUAAUGAGGGUGGCGUCAGUGGCAAAUCGAGCAUUCUCCGCCGGCGUCGCGAGCUUUGGAGACGAGCUCUCAGCCUAUUCGAUGUCACAGAUGGCGGCAAUGGCGAAUUAGGACCUUUGGAGCUCGGCCCAUCUGCAGAUUGGCUACGUGACCAAGAUCGUGAUACAUUCGUUGUCGAGCGAGAGUCGCCAACAGUUCAGAGACAGCUGACGGGUCCCGAUUCGGCUCUGACGGUCGAUGAUCGCAACUACGUUUUCCGUGUGCCGGCCCAACUAGGCGAAGGUGACCAAGAUUCGCAUGCGUUCGAGCUGCUCACCAACCUUUGUGUUGGAUGGAACCCUUCCUCUGGUAUGGGUCCGCCCAUUCCGCAGCCCAUCGAGCUUGUCGUCCAGACAUGUACCAACAAUCCCGACUCUUCAAACCCCGUUGGUGGUACGAAAACCUCGUGCACGUUGGUGAUGCCCUGGCAAUGGGAGCUCAUCCCACCAAGUCUCCUGCCACGAACAGACAUCAUGAUGGAAAGACCCGCGGACCAGAUCGACCCAAAUUUCCCAGAAAACAAGCCCUUCCCUAACGCAGAAGAGAUCUACCAUGUUCCUGGUGUCGCUUUCCAGCGUUUGAGGCUCGACGCCAACUUGCUCAAGAGGCAGCGCGUUGACUGGAUACGCAUCGAGCGUAGGACAGAUUCUGGCGUCUUUGUUCAUCAAAAGGGCCUCAAAAGCUUUGUUCGUGCUGGCUGGAUGCGUCAAGCCAAUGGAAGGGUCGAGAAGCACGGCAGCUCCGUUCUGCUCACCUCUGGCGAAAACUCAGCCAUCCAGCAGCAUCAUCAAGACGCUGGCAUCGCAACCACGGGUGCCAACCCAAUCGCAACAGAAUGGAUCUUAAAGGGCUACGGCUCGUCUUUGCUCGCCAGACGCAUCGACAUCACCCUCAGUCAAUACUUGAUCGAGAACCUUGCCUCUUACACCCUCAACAGCAACGACGAGACCCAACAUACCACAGACCCAUCCUUCUCACCCUUCCUACACAUUUCGAACCGCGCAACCGGUGAUUCACGCUGGUAUCCGCAGCUUGCCAGCCCGCAGCUCAUCCGCAAGAUUCGCGCUGGAACCUACAUGGGCGAGCCAAUCACCUUCCCUCUCUCGCUUCAUGGUAACGCUCCCUUCAUGCCACCAGCUAGAGAAAGUGUCGACGAGAUGAGAGUGCAGCUCUGGUCUGAUCAGGCGCUGCUUGGACCCUCUCCGGUCAAGACGCAGAUUUCUAGAUCUCCUGUCGAGUCGAUCCGCUUGUCUGUCGACUGGAAGGCAUCAGCCGGGUCCAUCCUUUUGCGUUAUCGCUUCUUCCUAGCUGCUUGGCCUCUUGGUCUGCUGUCCAUCUGCAUCGGUCUAUCUUGGCUCGCCUGGGCGUCAAGCCUGGGCCAGACGGUCUUUCCGUCCCCAUUGACUUCAAUCAUGCAGCCGGAUUUUCGCACGCCUUUCCUCGGUCAGAAGGUCGACCCUCUACUAGGCCUUCUGGGAUGUCUGACGGGUGCUCUGCUAAUCAUCGACAGCGUUCGCCUUGCGCUGUACCAGUCUUUGCCAAGCGCGCAGUCACAAGGUCCAUCUUCAGCUUUGCUCGGCAUGGUGCUCGGAUUGAGCGACAACUCUUCCUCCGUUGGUCUGGUUCCCUGCUUCUUGGUAGUCUCGUACGCGGCAUUGCUCGUCAUUGUGGCAUCGAUCCAGGGAGUGUUCCAACUGGUCGCGGCGAUGGUAUUAAAAUUUGGUCUCGCUCGCAAAUUCAACUGGGUCGGUGCAGCAACAGCAAGCUCGGACCCUCUUCAAUGGAAUCGUCAGUCCGUUGCAGGUCUCGCACUCUUGCUCCUAUCAGUGGUGCUCUUCGUGCCACACCAGUUCAUCUUCCUCUGCAUCUUCUUGUUGCAGAUGCUCAACACACUUCGCGCGCAGUUAGAACUACGGACUGUCACCCCUGUCGCAGGAUUGUCUCGCGAAACGCGCCUCAGCCAGCAUCUGAGCAUCUUCAUUCUCCUUGUCUUCCUACUGCCUCAGAAAGCGAGCUUCUUGGUCACAUGGGUUCGCAACUUGACGUCGGUAGGUAUUACAACACCUGAGACCAUCGCUGCUUGGAUGGAUCAUAACGUAUUGGAUGUUGCACCUAUUGUGGUGCUGGUGUGGCUGAUGGCAGGAGGAAGGAUGCUCGAGCCGCCACGAAGCGGUGUGGAAGCAAAGGCGAUCGCGUUUGGUUUUGGCUUAGUGGGAUGGUACGCGCUCGUGUGGGGUAUCAGGUACACCUAUCGGACAUACGACGCCUUCAAUGUCCUUUGUGUAUUGCUGGCGUUCUGUCACUGGAGAUCCAGGCGCAGCGGUGGCAGUCGACCCACCCAUGGCGGUCACGACAGCAAAAACUCGGAUGAGAGGCUGGGUAUGCUCGAUGAAUACGACGGAGAAAGUGAGGGCAAUGGAAAGCCCGCUCGAGCGAACGAGGCCUACGAGUUGCGGUCUGGGUCCGGCUCUUCUCAGUUGCCGAUACACCAUCUCGCGUUACCUGCGCCCGUAGCCGCUGGCACCAACGCCGAUUCCACAGCUCUCUCCAAGCCCAAUUCUACAGAAGAUGCAACUCAAACGGCUACAAGAACCCCUACCUCCAAGCAGGAUAAUCUGGACACUCUGAUUGCCGUAUACCUCGAUACUCUCGACCAAUAUCAGCAGCUCCGUAGCGCCACAUCUGACCUCUUUCGUCGCGGAUACCUCAACCUCAGUCGUGCAAAGAUGGAGUACGGUCCAUCUCGUCUCAGCAGCAACUCGUAUGACUUGCGACUACUUCCGGAAAUUCGCGCCAUCAUUCGUGACGGCUCCUCGGAAUCGGAAUUGGCCGACAUCGCCGUUCAGAGGGCCAAACCAGACUACUCCCACCUCGUCGAAGACAAAGCUGUCUUGAUCGAGAACGAGCACGAAAAGGAUAUCACGGCAAGUGAAGGGUUAAGUUUGAGAAGAAGAACCGGACCGAACGAGCCAAGCGAGAAAGGAUUGGCAGUGGAUCACGUACAGAGGCAUGCUAAUUUGCCGAGAACCUCGUUUAACGAGGCCGGUGGGCGAAAUUCACCGCCGACAUCGGGGGGGUCAGCGGGUUCUGCAGCGGCGAAUUCGAAGAAAAACGAUGAUGCCAAGGGAGGCAAGAAGGCUGCUUUGCCAGAUGCAUUGCUGCAGUUUGGUGGGUUGCCGUCGAAGUCCUUGCGCGGUGCACAAGCUGAUUUGAUGCAGGCUCUGGACCAGACUCUUCGGAUACCGCCCUCGACUUUGCAGGCUUCCGAGGCUGCUGGGCUCGUGCAGUUGACUCGCCGACUAGAAAGCUUGGCGACGGCGAUCUCGGAGCUGCAAAGCUGA